UCCUCUGACUGGCUGCUGAGAGACACUUAGAAAUGGCAUUUACAUAGAUGCGGGCAUGUUAAACUUCAGCAGUCCAGUACAUUAGCCUAUUCACUAGAGAAUGGUCAGAAAGAAAUCCUGAAGUCUUUCCCCCUAUCUCCCACUGAGUCGAACAACAAAGGGGAAAGAACAUGAGUGACACAGAAGGAGGAGACAGCGGAGACAAAAUCCGUAAAUCUGAGAAGGACCAGAGUUGGAUCCCCAAAAUCAUAAAGAAAAGAGUGUGCACCACCUUUGUAGAAGAUUCUUUCAGUAAUGGUGUGCUUUGCCAGUGUGGGGGUGCGAGAGAUGCCCAUGCCUCUGUGGCUCUCGGUGACUAUUUCAGCACGGCGAUCGUCAACCACUGGGACAGCGCCCAGCACUCCUCUGAGUACCCAACUGAUGCCUUUGGAGAGCUGCAGUUUGCAGGAGCCAGCAAGAGGCAUAGCCAUUUCCUGCGUCUGUCAUGGGACACAUCCCCGUCUAUGGUCUACACCCUGAUGACAGCCCAUUGGGGCCUGCCUGCGCCCAAUCUAGUGGUUUCUGUUGUGGGUGGAGAAGGAAGGACAAAGGUGAAGACCUGGGUACGGGAGGUCCUCAGGCAGGGACUGGUGAAAGCCUCACAAAGCACAGGAGCGUGGAUCCUGACGGCAGGCUUGCGUGAGGGUGUAGGGAGAUGUGUUGGAGAGGCGGUGAGGGAUCAUGCCACUGCAGCCUCGUCGGUGUCCCUCAACAAGGUGGUGGCGCUGGGCAUCGCUCCCUGGGGCCUGGUGCACAAUCGACAGCAGCUCGUCAACCCUCAGGGCAGCUUUCCUGCUAAGUACUUCGUCCAGAAUACGACCCGGGACUCCUGUUGCCUGGACAACAACUACCAGGCCUUCCUGCUGGUAGACGAUGGGAGUGUGGGGCGCAGAGGAGGGGAUACGGGGUUCAGGGCCAAACUGGAGGACUACAUCUCCCACCAGCGCACAGGCAUCUGGGGCAGUGGCAGCAUUGACAUCCCUGUCCUUUGUAUGCUGGUGUCUGGGGAGGCGAGCAUGCUGGAGAGAGUGGAUCUUUCCCUGAAGAACAACAUGCCCUGGCUGGUGCUGGCGGGCUCAGGAGGCGUGGCUGACUUCUUGAGUGAUGUCUUGGAGAACUUGGCGUCAGCCCCGACGGUCCAGUCCUCCAGCGAGGGUGAUGGCGAGGCGGGUCCCAGCGUGGAUCUGAAAGACAGAGUGGCAGAGCGGGUUAAAAAGUACUUCCCUUCUGAAGCAGAGACGGACAAACUAGUUGAACGAGCUCUGAGUAUCUACCAGAACAGAGAUUUGAUUACGAUCUACCACGGAGAGCAGGAGGGCCCAAAUGAUUUUGAUACAGUCUUGCUCAAAGCCUUAGUGGGAGCCAGUAAGCACCGUGCGUCAGUCGAUGCCAGCCCUUACAAUGAAGAGCUGAAGCUGGCGGUCACAUGGAACAGGGUCGACAUUGCCAAGAGCGAACUCUUCAAUGGAGACAUCCACUGGAGGUACGAAGACUUGGAAGACUCAAUGACCGAUGCCUUGAUCAACGACAAGCCGCAGUUUGUGCGUCUUUUCACUGAGAACGGCCUCAACAUCCUGGACUACCUGACUUAUGGCAGGCUGGAAAGCCUCUACCACUCAGUGGCUGAUGGGACACUUCUUUACCAUCUGCUAAAGCGCCACCUCAUGGAGCGGGUUGGAAUUUUUACUACGUCUUACCAGCAGGGCUCAACUUCUAAAGUGGGAGCAGAGAAGAUGCAGAGCGGGCCAGUGAAGGAAAUCAGCCUUUUUGAGGUGUCAAGCGUCCUGGAGCUGUUGAUGGGUGAUGUCUGCAAGCCAUUCUACUAUGAUGCUUUGGGCUUAGAACAGAUCACAUCCAAGAGGAGAGCUCUCCGGCGCGCCAGUAAGCUGCUCCGCGGAGACUGCUUGUAUCGGGAGAGACGCUGCCUCUUCCCCUGGGCUUCGCUUUUCAUCUGGGCCGUCCUGCAGAACCGCAGCAAUAUGGCCACUUUCUUCUGGGAGAUGGCAGGGGAGUCAGUGCUGAGCGCUCUGAGCGGCUGUAAGAUCCUGAGAGAACUGUCCAAGCUGGAGAUUGAGAAUGAGACCAAACUGUCCAUGAAAGAGCUGGCCCAGAGGUUUGAGAACCUGGCACAUGACAUCUUCAGCUCUUGCUAUCGGAGCGAUGAGAGUCGCUCUUUCACCUUGCUGAUCAGGCAGUCUCCAGUCUGGGGCGGUACCACCUGCCUCCAGAUGGGCAUGAGCGCUGACGCACGGCUCUUCUUCAGCCAUGACGGAGUACAGUCUCUGUUGUCCCAGAUCUGGUGGGGGGACAUGAAGAGGAGCACGGAGGUGUGGAAGCUCCUGCUCACCUUCUUCUGCCCCGUCCUCUGCUACACCAACCUCAUCUCCUUCAGACCACCAAAGCGUCCAUUCAUCGUGUCAAGAUGGCGCCAGUUCUGGUUUGCCCCCGUCACCUCAUUUUUGGGCAACGUCCUGAUGUACUUCCUCUUCCUGCUGCUUUUCGCCUACGUGCUGUUGGUGGACUUCAAGCCCCCUCCACCCUCUGGUCCGGCCAUCACCGAGUACGUGCUGUACUUCUGGGUAUUCACCAUCGUGUGUGAGGAGAUCCGGGAGACUUUCUUUUUGGGGACGAUGACUUGGCGUCAGAGGAUCAGGGUGUACAUUCAGGAUGUGUGGAACAAGUGUGACCUCACUGCCAUCACGCUCUUCAUCAUAGGACUAAUCUGCAGGAUGUUCCACUGGUCGUACGGAUUUGGUCGGGAUGUCCUUUGUGUGGACUACAUGGUCUUCACCCUUCGCCUCAUUCACAUCUUUGCCAUUCACAAACAGCUGGGACCAAAAAUCAUCAUUGUUGGCAAGAUGAUGAAGGAUGUUUUCUUCUUCCUCUUCUUCCUGGGGGUGUGGCUCAUGGCAUACGGAGUAGCCAACCAGGCUUUGCUUUAUUCCUACGACCCUCGCCUGGAUCGCAUCUUCCGCCGGGUUUUCUACAGGCCGUAUCUGCACAUCUUCGGACAGAUCCCCGUGGAAGAGAUAGACGUGGGGAAGGACUGGGGCAUGGUCUGCACACACAACGUGACAUUGAUUGAUGGCGGUGCAGAGCCGUGCAGAACACUGUACAGUAACUGGCUGGUGGUAAUUCUGCUGGUCGUUUAUCUGCUGGUCACCAACAUCCUGCUCAUCAACCUGCUCAUCGCCAUGUUUAGCUACACCUUCUCUGAAGUGCAAGCGAACAGUGACAUCUACUGGAAGUUCCAGCGCUACAACCUGGUUGUUCAGUACCACUCUCGUCCUUCCCUGGCACCCCCUUUCAUCAUCCUCUCUCACAUCAAUCUCUUUAUCAAGAGGAACAUCCGCAAGGUGCCCUCGAUCAAGAUCCACCACUUUGUACUGCAGUUAAGAGGGAAAGUAGCUAACAGGCUAAUGACAUGGGAAACCAUUCAGAAGGAGGACUUCCUAACUGCACAGACCAAGAUCCAGAAAAGCAGCGACUCCGAGAGGCUCAAGCGGAUGUCUGUCAAAGUGGAUGGUGUGCUUAAACAUCUGACUGAAAGCAGAGACUUUGACCACAGACUAAGGGCUCUGGAGAAUGAGAUGGAGUAUUGCUCAAACGCUCUCAGCUGGAUUGUGGAAACUUUGGCGCAAAGCAGCACAUUCAAACCUCCCCGGCCUCCACCGACAUUAAGAGAUGCGUUCCCUUCUUCUUCCACUUCCACCUGAUUCAGCCUCGGUGAUGCCUUCACUUGCUCAGGGUCAGUAAAAGACAAGACUGGAUGGCUUUUGGCUUAGGCUGCUCUCAUGCCACGCACCCACCAGUCUCAGUGUUUUCCAGACUGGACACAUUCACCAAAGGUUAUCAGUGAGUCUUAAUUUAAAAAAGAGAACAGAUAUCAUAUGACAUCACUUCUUAUUACAGUACUGAGCAAAUGCAAAAGAUGAUAAUUUAAGUGUAAAAUCUAUCUUACUCUAAUGCCAAAGACAAGAGCAUGUAUUUAUGAUGUGGUAUGAUAUAUUAUAUGUAUUUUAUUUACCAAUGCUAUUAUGUCUUUAUUGCUGUAGUUUUAAGCUGACAGGUGGAAUUCUGUUUUUAAGGUUUUUAUAGUUUUUUAUUGUUACAUUCAAACUAUGAUGUUGUUACCAGGGUUACAUUAGUUACAGAUAGUAUCACUUUUGUGUUCAGUUACUUUCUGGCUAAAGGGUUGCUUUAAACAGUCUGAAAUGUUAAAUUGUGUAUUUGUAUUGCUACAUUAUUUUAUUCUGUUC